AUGACCAGUGCAUCGGAGAACGGAACCCUGGCCAUUUGGGAUUUAAACAAACGUACGCUUGCCGGGCAGCUACCAGAUGCCCAUCGUGGUCCCAUCACAUCCAUACGUUAUCUCGAUGGUCAACCACUAAUGGUUUCUGCUGGCACUGAUAAUACGCUGAAAACGUGGCUGAACGAUAUGGGUGAUGGUAUGCCAAGGCAACUGGUUUUGCUCGAAGGCCAUUCCCAGCCGGUGACUGCUGUGAAAUUCAUCGAUAGCGAUAUCUACAAAGCCCGUUCAUUUGUUGUUAGGGCGAAAGCUAAGAAGAAAAAACGCGAUAUUGAAAGUAUUGAACUGAAACCAGUGAUACAGAUGGAUAUUGGACUUACACGUGAAGCAGCCUGGGAUAAUGUCUUAUGUCGCCACAUGGAUACGGCCCCGGUCACCACAUGGACCACUAGAAAACAAGCUUUGGGAACACAUCGAGUUCGUUUUUUUUUUCGAUUGCUUCAAAUUAUUUUAUAA